UCCUUCUCUCUCUCUCUCUGCCGCUCCGCUCCUUCUCUCUCUCUCUCUCUCUCUCUCUUCCUCCCUCACACACGCAGAUAAGCGCAUAACCUAAGCUGACAUACCCACUUCAGCACUCCCACAUUCGUUAAGUGAAACGAGGAGCCGCGCGCGCCGAGCCAGCGUCUGCUUCCUCUCCCGCUCUCUCUUUCCUCUCCUCAUCGCCAGGACUGCUAACCCCUCCAUUACUCUCUUCUCGGGUCAGAAUGACCAGGCAUGACUGGACACACCUUUGCCCUGCUGUCCAGCGCGCAAUGGACAGCAAUGACGAUGGAAAAGACCCCAACAGCCGCGCGUUCCUGAGCACAUGCUCUCGGGAGGAUUUCAUUCCUGAACGCACGCGCAUGGACGGGAAUCACUCCUAACACAUUCGAUUGGAAAGCAUCCCUGAACGCGCGGUUUAGGCAGAAAAUCAUCCCUGUACACCCGUUUCAGGAGGAAAUCAGUCCAGGAGACCAGCUUUGACGAGGAAAUCAUUCCAGAAGACCAGCUUUGACGAGGAAAUCAGUCCAGAAGACCAGCUUUUUGGAACAUGAUCAUUCCAGAGCACCAGUAUUGAGGAGGAAAUCAUUCCAGAACACCGUUUUUUUUAGAAAGACAUCAUUACAGAGCACCAGCUUUGAGGAGGAAACUCUUCCAGAACACCACUUUUUUUGGAACGACAUCAUUCCAGAUCACCGAUUUUGCGGAGGAAAUCAUUCCAGAACGCUAGUUUUUGGAACGAGAUCAUUCCAUUUGACCAGUUUUUGAACAGAGAUCAUUCCUGAACACCGGUUUUGGGGAGGAAAUCUUUCCUGAGCACUCGUUUAUAGGAGGGGAUCGUCGCUGGACAGGCUGCUAAUUGGCCACAGUGACCACUGGGAUUAACCCUUAUGCUUGAGCGGACUGCGCGAUGGCGGAGCCCGCGCUGGCGGAGCCGAACGGCACGAGCGCGCCGCGCGCCGCCCCUCACUCGCGCUGCGCCUCCGCGCUCAUCAUCCUGGCCGUGGCGCUCAUCAUCCUCGUGACCGUGGUGGGCAACGCGCUCGUGGUGGCCGCCGUGCUGACGAGCCGCGCUCUGCGCGCGCCCCAGCACCUCUUUCUCGUGUCGCUGGCGUCCGCCGACAUCCUGGUGGCCACGCUGGUGAUCCCGUUCUCGCUGGCCAACGAGGUGAUGGGCUACUGGUACUUCGGCAGCACGUGGUGCGCGCUCUACCUGGCGCUGGACGUGCUGUUCUGCACGGCGUCCAUCGCGCACCUGUGCGCCAUCAGCCUGGACCGCUACUGGGCCGUGACGGAGGCGGCGCGCUACAACGCCAGGCGCACUCCGCGCCGCGUCAAGGCCAUGAUCGCCACCGCGUGGCUCGUGUCCGCGCUCGUCUCCUUCCCGCCGCUCGUGCUUACGGAGCACGACGAGCAGGUGUGCUCGCUCAACAACGACACGUGGUACAUCCUGUCCUCGUGCGCUGUCUCUUUCUUCGGCCCGGGCAUCAUCAUGGUGGCCGUGUAUUGCAGGAUCUAUCGCGUGGCCAAGCAGCGCGCGGCCGCCGUGUUCGCGGCCAAGAGCAGCGCUCCGCGCGCCAUCUCGCGCUCCGAGACGUGGUUCCCGCGCAGGAGCGCGAACGGCAACGGCAACGGAAGCGGCGGCGAGACCACCUGCGACCGGCGCCGCGGAGAGCUCGACGACAUCGACCUGGAGGAGAGCUGCGUGUCGGACAGCGCGCGCGGAGGAGGCGCAGGCACGCGGACCGAGCGCGUGCCCUGGGCGUGCAGCCGCGCGGCAGGCGCGGCGCUGGAGGAGGUCAGCGCGCGCAGACCGGCGCUGUCCAAGAGCAGAGCGGCGCAGAUGCGCGAGAAGCGCUUCACCUUCGUGCUCGCCGUGGUGAUGGGCGUGUUCGUGCUCUGCUGGUUCCCCUUCUUCUUCACCUACAGCCUGCACGCCAUAUGCAGGGAGAGCUGCACCAUCCCGGACACGCUCUUCAACCUGUUCUUCUGGAUCGGCUACUGCAACAGCUCGGUCAACCCCAUCAUCUACACCAUCUUCAACAGGGACUUCAGAAAAGCCUUCAAAAAGAUCAUGUGCCACAGCAGCUCGGCGAGCAGCUGAGGGUGGGGGUGGGGCGCUUUUCCAGCCGAGGCCAGUGGAGUGUGAUGCGCACAUGCAGGGGUUUGUGUUUACCUGCUGAGAGAGAGAGAGAGAGAGAGAGAGUCUAAAUACUGUAAUGUGUUUGUGAUUCUUUCUCCAAAAUAUUCUCUGUUUACAUGCCUGGAAAUGUAUUAAAUACCCAGAUUUCAGCACCACGGAAUACUGAGUGCAGGGUACUGAAUACUGAGUACCACACACUGAAUAGCUACUGAAUAUUGAGUCAUGAAUACUGAAUAGUGGGUCACAAAUACUUAAGUUUUAGUACACUUUAUUUGAAGACUACCUACCUAGAGACUUCAUAACACAUGCAUAAGUACUGAAUAACAUCUACAAAGCCAAACCUGAAUGUUUAUGAAAAACUUACACUAGCAAACACAAGAUGAUAUGAUGUUUUAUGAAGAAAAGGACAUUGUAGUCUAGUCUGCAGCGGCAAAAGACAGAAUCACUUGCUUUUAAAUGUACUUAAAGCUACACUGUGUAAGUUUUGGAGACCUCUCUGGUGGAAAUAUGUAAUUGUACACAACUUCUGGAAAAAUAUUUUAGACAAAUUGAUGGACAGAACUUUAUUAAGCCUAAAGGUAAGUUGCAGUGUUACAGCGGGAACACAUAUAAUUGCACAUAAACGUACAUAUUGUCACUGUCCAAUGAAAAACAAGUAUCUCCAAAAUAUUAACUUUACAGGAGAAUGUAAAGGACAGCUGGUUUGUUGAAGUGAUGUUGAAAACUAAAAAUCAGAUAUCUGCUUUUCAUUGGACAGCGACGAUAUAUUAAGCAUAAACAGACAUAAAUUAGGCAGAAAUUAUAAAAGAAUAGACAGAAGUAUCUGUAUUUACAUAGCAUAUAGGACAGAUUUGUUGUAUUUACAUGAGAGCAGGUAUUGCACUAAGUGGUAUGAGGUAGUUUACAACACAAUGAGUGUAAACAUAACUAGGCGUAGCAACAGUGUUGACAAUCUAAAGUGCACGCCAUCAUUACAGUAGCAGGUUAUGAUAUAUUGCGCAGUGUGUAUAAUCAAAAGAUGUUAUAGUGCUGUGAUUCAGCACAGUUCAGACAGCAGAGGAUCAGUACCAUCUCCGCAGAAAGGAAAGAUGAUACUGACCUGAGUACUGUUUCACAGACGCCAUGCUAUAGCAUCUUUUUUCCUGACUCAACCAUGCUACUUCUCUCAUUAAUAACAAAAAAAAAAACCUUUAAGUAUUAAAAGUGAAAGUUUUUUUUAGUCAUCCAGGGUAGAAAUAUAUAACACUGAUAUCUGGUGUUCUUAACAAGCCCUCUUCCUUUGCUUCAGAAUGAUAAUUAAUAAACAUUUUAGAAAUGGAACAAAUGUCUGUUGCUUCAGGUUAAGGGCGCUUAUGGUAAUACAAAGUUAUAAACAUUAAAAAAACAUCUUAUGUCAUCUUGUAAUUGAUGGCGUAAGCUGCUAAUAUGUACUUAACUAUUCCCUUAUAAACACAUUAUUCAAUGCUUAUGCAUGUGUUAUAAAAUCCCUAUAUAUUUUGACUACUAAAUGUUGAAUUGUGAAUACUGAGCACAAAAUAUUGAAUACUGAAUAUUAAGUAUUUAAUCCUUAAAACUGUAUACUUAAUACUGAGAACUAAAUACUGAAUACUUAAUACUAAGUACUGAAUAAUGAAUAUUGAGUAUGGAAUGCUGAAUAUUAAGUAGCUAUUGAAUUCUGAGUACUGAAUACUCAGAACUGAAUAUUUAAUGAAUGCUGAACACUGAAUAUUGAGGACUGUAUAGUGAAUACUAAAUUCAGCACUGAAUACUGAGUAAAUAAUACUAAAUACACAAUACUAAGUACCAAAUGCUGAAUACAGUAUGCAAUAUUCAAUACUGAAUACUAAAUACUGAAUACUAAGUACUGAGUAAAAUAAAAAUAUGAAACAUUGAGUACUGAAAUGUGAAUAGACUACUGAAGUACUGACUACUGAAUAUUAACCACUGAAUACUGCAUCAGUAAGAAACACGAGUCAAAUGUAUGUGAUGGGGGGACUGAUGGGUGCUCUGCUCAACUGAACGCCUUUCUGGUGAUUACAGUGUAUUAUUCAUGCCAUAUGUUUAAAUGGACAUGGGUCAAAAGAAAUCUAGAUCAAACAUGUGUAGACUUUGUACCAUAAUUAGUUUUCCAGCACAUCUAUCACCUUUUUAAAGCAACAAUUAGGGAUUUCAAAAACAAGAAAACUGCAGCACUGUCUUUUCUGAAAUGCUUUUGAGAAGGAAGAGACUGGAGAACACACUGUCCUCCAAAAUGUAACUGAUAAAACUCUAAAUGCAGAAGCCGACCAUCAGUAUCACAGCCAGGCUCAUUUAAAUGCACUGAAUUGUUUGUUUACACCAGUAUUGUGAGUAAAAAUACAGACUCGAUAGCUCAAUUUCUUUUCGCACAAUAGGCUAGAAUCAGUUCAGUUUGGCAAAUGAGCAUCUAAAAUUUCUAAUUUUAGAGAAUGACUGAGAACGUAAAGUAUUAUAUUUGUUUGGAAACAAAAAACAGCUGACUACAAAUCCCUUUUUGUGGCUUUAAUGGAUUAUGCAGAACAUUGCAAGUAUAACACAUUAGAUUUAAACUCAAGAUGGCAAGACUUGGGAGAGUCCAUGAGAGGAAUAUUUUUAAUUCAUGAUCUUGAGCUGUAUUAUCUUGCCUAGUACUCAUUAAAUAUUUCCCCAUUCACCUUUAUAAAUCAGUGAAAUAGCACUUUUCUGUGUGUGUCCUGGGCACUUUUUGUGUUCCACAGUAAUGAAAAGAACAGAUAGCCUCCUUCCCCUGCAAAGGUCUACAUGCAAAACUCUGAAAUAUUAUUGAUGUUAACCCCUCACUCCCCAGGCUGAUUGUUCAGUUAUUCAUCUUAUGGCUUAUUAUUCAGCAGAUUCUUUCAAUUAUUCUCUAACCUCUAAAAAGCUAACAUGAAUGUGUCGUUUAGAAAAAUGUGUAGAAGUCAGAGUUUACCCUUCAUUCAUUUAAUUUCCAGUCAGAAAAGCCAUUGAGAAAUUUCAUUGAAAUUUCUGAGGUGUCUACAUUUAAAAUAGUUCACCUCCAUAAGGCAGGGCAAAGUCAAAUGACAAAAGUGUUUCUUAAACUGGAGUUCAGGAAAUGACUAAAGCAUGUAGAGAAAAUAUGACUCCUAAUAACUGUGCAAGACCUGGUAGACCACCACAAGUGCCACCCUCAGACAAAGCCUUCGUCUUUGAUAGAGAUAUUUCAGAUCUGAAAAUGGUGUUUCUGUACAUCCUUCCACUGUGAGAAGACAGCUCAAUGCCAUGAGUCUGAAAGGAUGUGUAGCUGUCCAGAAGCUGUUAGUGAGAAAAGGAAAUAGGUAAAACAGAAGAAACAUUGCUGUAGAUCACUCCUGGAAGCAUUUGGAUCAUAAGAAGCAAAAAAUGCAACCAACUUCUAUGACUGAACUUUGUUUGUCAUAAAAAUCACUGUUGAAAAAUCACUCCAGAUUUCUUUGAAGAACUGAAAGCAAGUCUCCCAAAAAGAAUGGAAGCUGUAAUAAAGACAUAAGGUGAGCAAACUUAAUACGGACAUAUAUUUGAUAUUAGAUUCAGUUGUAAAGGCUUCUGUGUACAUUUCUGUUAAACAUUUGUUUUCCGCUUUUUGUCCUGACGCUAAAAAUGAACAACUUGCACUUAAUGGCCAUUUUGGCUGGAAAUGAAAUAAAUGAAGGGGAGUCUUUUGCUCGAUACUUUAGCUAUGAGAGUAAGGAAUUGAAGUUGGGAACUUUCCACAGUGUACGGGGUAAAUAUCAGAGCACAGCUCGUAAAAGAUGACCCGUCCAAUGAUGUCGCUGUCCAUGGUCUUGCUAAAAAUAACAUAUCCUCUUACCUUGCUUGCAUUGCUGCUAAUCAUUUACCAUGAUAAAAACAUGUAUUUGCCAUAUGUGGAAAAAAGGUUCAGCAUUAAAAAGACUUCAACUCAUUCAUGUCCAGCCAAUAAAUUUAGCAAGAUGAGGACAGAGGCUGCAGAACUUGUUCAAAUUCCAACCAUUUUUGUUCUACUACAUCUAAUUUUCAUACCUGUACUCACAAUCAAAUCUGGAUUUCUAUUUGGUUAAAUGUCUGAAGUCACAAGUAACUAAAAGUCUAGAUUUAAUAUGAUGGUUUGAGUGAUCUCAAAACAUGUAGAUCAAAGUAAAUUUUGAGUUCCUAAUAUGGACAUUAAUGGGUUAAGUAUCUGUAGUAUUUAGUUGUCAUGUGUAUUAAUGCAUUUGAUUUAUGAACAAUGGCCCAUAUAUCAUCAUCACCAGAGUAGUUUGACUCUUUAGGUGUAAGUAUUCGAUGCCUUCAUGCAAGACUGACAAAUAAAAUAAGGGCUCUGCAAUGAA